AUGGGAGCUGGGAUGAAGCGCGCGAGGGAGGAGGAACCAACCGUGCCGCUGGCGCUGUCCCUCAGCACGGACUCGGCGUCUUCCUCCGUGACGUCGGCGGACUCGGGCGCCGCUGGGCCGGCCAAGCGCAGGAGGGGCGUCGUGGUGGCGACGUCGGGGGAGGGGGAGUUCGUGUGCAAGACUUGCGGGCGGGCCUUCGCGUCGUUCCAGGCGCUGGGCGGGCACCGGACCAGCCACCUCCGGGGCCGCCAUGGGCUGGAGCUCGGCGUCGGCGUCGCCAGAGCCAUCAAGGAACGGAAAAAGCGUGACGAGAAGCAGCACGAGUGCCACAUCUGCGGGCUGGGUUUCAAGAUGGGACAGGCGCUCGGGGGCCACAUGAGGCGGCACCGUGAGGAGAUUGCACUGCGCAGCGCCGACGAUCGCUGGGUCGCGCUGCUGCCGGAUCAAAAGGUGGAGGGGCAGCAGGCUGCCGCCGACCGGCCGCCGCCCGUCUUGCUCGAGCUGUUCGUCUAG